AUAGAAACGUGGGAAGCGGCAGAGCAGAGGGUCCACGUGAGCCGGUCAGAGAGGAGCACGAUGGCGGAUCAGCAGGCAGAGGUGCAGCUCGCGCAGAGGUUAGCCUCCAACGAGAAACCCGUCCGGACCCGAGCCAUGAAGAAGCUCCGGAAAUACGUCAGCCUGAGGUCACAGAAAGGUGAGUUCUCAGGUGAGGAGCUGCUCAAACUGUGGAAGGGUCUCUUCUACUGUCUGUGGAUGCAGGACAAGCCUCUGCUUCAGGAGGAACUCUCCAGGAAGAUCUCCACCCUGAUCCACAGCUUCACCUCCACCCAGCAGCAGCUGUCGUACCUGCGGAGCUUCCUGCAGACGAUGAAGCGGGAGUGGACCGGCAUCGACCGGCUGAGGAUGGACAAGUUCUUCCAGCUGGUGCGCUUCGUGUUCAGGCAGACCUUCGAGGUGCUGAGGAGGCGGAGCUGGGACAGCAGCGCCGUGUCUCAGUUCCUGGAGCUGCUGACAGCUCAGCUGCUACAGAGCGACGCCGCGGCGCCGAGCGGCCUGCAGCUCCACGUCCUCGACCUUUACCUGACUGAGCUGGCGGCCGUGGGAGCGGCAGAGCUCACCGCCGAUCAGAACCUGACCUUCAUCGAGCCGUUCUGCAGAACCGCGGCGAGAACCAAAGAUCGGACUCUGCUCAGUGGGAUCUGCAGCAGCGUCUUCAGCGCCAUCAUCGAUCAGGCUCCCUUUGCCAUCGAUGACCUGAUGAAGGAGGUGAGAGCGUCUGAGUACUCGGACUCGGGACAGGCAUCUGAAGGGGACGAGGAGGAGGAAGGAGAGGAAAAGACGAUGAAGAUGGAAGCAGGGAGGAAGCAGCUCAACGGAAACAAAGAUGAUGAUGACGAUGAUGAGUUCCUUCACUUGGAGAACCUGGACUCGGACUCACCGCGUGAUGAAGACGUUGGGCCGGUGCUGCAGUUUGAUUACUCUGCGCUGGCGGACAAACUGUUGGAGGUUUCCGGUCGGAGCGGCGUGCCAGCAGCCAACAGAGAGCGACUCUACAAGAUCAUAAAGACACUGCGGGACCUGAGUGAAGGUGUCUUUCCUCAGGACGAGUACCCGGAGGAGGUCUCCACAGACGAGGACGACGACAUGUUCGGCAGCAGGAAGAGGAUGAAGAAGAGAAGACGUCACCUGGAGGAGGAGGAGCCGGCAGCAAAGAAAGGGGAGAAAGAGGCAGAGGAGGACACUGACGCCGCAGACGUGACCGCUGAAAACAAAAAGAAGAGGAAGAAGGGCGUGAAGGCCGGCACAGGACGCUGUGAAGCAUCCGGAGAAGAAUUGGCAGCGCCUCAGAGCGACAUGGCGACACCUGCCAAGAAGAAGAGGAAGAGGAGGAAAGCUGAGGGAACAACAGGGCAGCCAGAACAGAAGCAAACAGCUCAAGAAGAAGGACGGACGCCGUCAGGAACGCUCCACUCUGAGGCAUCGCCGCCACCUGACCACCGGGACCAACCACAGAAGAAGAAACAGAAAAGCACAGAGACUCCUCCCACAACAGAGCCGCAGGUUUCGUCUGCACGUGCUCUCAUAUCAGAGAAGAAGGGCGUAACGGCAGAUACAGGAAGCUGUGAGGCAUCAAGAGAAGAAGUGAGCGCCCCGCCGCCUCAGAGCGACUUUACAACUCCUGCUAAAAAGAAGAAGAAGAUGGCUGCUGAAGCAGCGCCGCCGCUUAGCGUGAGGAGCUCAGAGUCGGAUGAGACACCUGCAGCAGGAAGUGACGCUUUAACACCAGCGAAGAAGAGCAUCCCAGCUGAUGAAGAGCAGGCAGCUGAGGCGCCACAGCUCGCCAAGAAGAAGACAAAGAAAAAAGGAAAAGAGGAAAUGACCGCAGGCGUGACCGCUGCUGAAACACCACAGAAGAAGAAGAAGAAGAAGGAUCAGCAAGAAGCUCCAGAAGAGGACGAGGGCCAAAAGGAGGCUAGGACGACACCAGGGAAGAAGAAGAAGAAGAAGAACAGCGUGACACAUGAGGCCGCUGAGAAGCAGGUGGGGGGCGAGGCAGGUGACGCGGUGGCGUCCUCGGACAGAGAAACUCCCGCGAAGAAGAAGAGGAAGAUCCCCGUGGUGUUCGAGUUCGAGGCCGACGAGCUACAGACCAUGAACGGCAUCACAGCAGAAGAAGAGACCGCCACCAAGAAACCCAGACGCACCAACGAUGACGUGGCCACGCCCCUGAGCAACAAAACACCACAGAAGAAGAAGAGGAAGAGCGCCGGAGGGUCACAGUCGGACUUCAUCACGUUUCAGAGCAACGCCAAAGCGCCAACACCGCUCUUCUGUAAGACGAAGGGAAGCCCGAGCACGCCGGCGUCCAGCAGAAAGAAGCUUCAGACGCCAAAGUCGGACUCCAAGAAGGUGACCUUUGGCCUCAAGAACAACAAAACAGCCGAGUUCAGGAAGACAGAUCGCAGCCUGCUGGUGAGUCCUGACGGCUCGUCACGAGUUCCCUUUGACCCGCAGCAGAAACCCAAAUUCGGCGUGUUGAAGGCUCCGCCCACACCGCUGAGCGCCAACGUGAAAAGGACACCAGCUGGCAACAAGAAGGGCGGCACCCCACGGAGCACACCUAAACGACGAGUGGUGGCCUCGGACUUUUUCUGAGCCUUUGGUGACGGACUGAUGAGGAAAUAAAUUUAUUUUGGAGAAUUUUUAUGUUCUUUGCAUCUGUGUUUGUAUCUGAGUGACUCGAAUAAAGUUACUCGCUUCAGUUUUUCCACUUUUA